AUGAAAAAGAAUAAAAAAGAUGAUGAAGAUAAAGAACAAGACAAGGAAGAAAAAGAAAAUUCAGGAAAAAAUGAAAAGAACAAGAAGCAAGAAAAACAAAAAGACAAAGUUGAAGAUGACAGUGAAGACAAAGAAGAAUAGAAAGAACCAUAAAAAGUAGAAAAAAAGGAAGAGGAAGAUGGCAGGCAACAAACUGUAUUUGGCCAUGGAAUGGAUGAAACUGGAAGAAUUUCAAAAGCAUCGUGA